GUGUGGCUGGUCUGACGACACCAGGCUCAUCGGCAGCGGAGGCGCGGUGACCGAGCGUUAUUCUUCUUUAGAUAUCAAUAAAAACACUAAACCACGACCGAAACGCGCGCGGACUAAUAGCAAGGCACCUGAACAACCCUGUCAGUCAUGGAGUGUUACGACAUCUUGGCUAACCAGCCGGUGGUGAUCGAUAAUGGUUCAGGGGUCAUCAAGGCUGGUUUCGCUGGUGACCAGAUCCCCAAAUACUGUUUCCCCAACUAUGUGGGACGUCCCAAACAUGUGCGUGUGAUGGCCGGAGCACUGGAGGGAGACCUGUUCAUCGGACCCAAAGCAGAGGAGCAUAGGGGUUUGCUGUCGGUAAGAUACCCGAUGGAGCACGGCAUUGUGAGCGACUGGAAUGAUAUGGAGAGGAUCUGGCAUUACAUCUACUCCAAAGAGCAGCUGCAGACCUUCUCGGAGGAGCAUCCUGUGCUCCUGACGGAGGCUCCUCUCAACCCUGGCAUUAACAGAGAGAAGGCUGCAGAGAUUUUCUUCGAGACUUUCAACGUACCGGCACUCUUCAUCUCCAUGCAGGCCGUGCUGAGCUUGUAUGCCACAGGCCGGACUACUGGUGUGGUGUUGGACUCCGGUGACGGUGUGACCUAUGUGGUGCCCAUCUACGAGGGCUUCGCCAUUCCUCACUCCAUCAUGCGUGUGGACCUUGCCGGUAGAGACGUGUCACGGUACCUCAGUCUCCUGCUGCGUAAGGAAGGCUACAACUUUAAAACGUCAGCUGAGUUUGAGAUCGUCCGCACAGUCAAGGAGAGAGCCUGCUACCUGUCUCUAAACCCUCAGAAGGACGAGACCUUAGAAACAGAGAAGGCUCAGUAUGUUCUGCCUGAUGGAAGCAGCUUAAAUAUUGGCCCGGCCAGGUUCCGAGCCCCAGAGCUGCUGUUCAGACCUGACCUGAUCGGGGAAGAGAGCUCUGGUAUCCAUGAGCUUUUGGCCUAUGCCAUCCAGAAAUCCGACAUGGACCUGCGGCGCACACUCUACUCCACCAUCGUGUUGUCUGGAGGGACAACGCUCAUCAAAGGUUUUGGGGAAAGAUUACUAACUGAAGUCAAGAAGCUUGCACCCAAAGAUGUAAAGAUCAAGAUCUCGGCCCCCCAGGAGCGGCUUUACUCUACGUGGAUCGGCGGCUCCAUCUUGGCAUCGUUGGACACCUUUAAGAAGAUGUGGGUGUCCAAGCGGGAGUAUGACGAAGACAGAGCACGUGCCAUCCAUAAGAAGACCUUCUAAGGGGGGAAGGGGGCGGUGCGGCUGCUGCCAUGGAAACGCCCCUCAGAACUGCCCUCAAACCCCUCCCCCAUCAUCAUACAGCUGGAAGCCUCCCUGACAUCGGUAGGAACCGACCCCACGUCCCACACCACCUCAUGGAGGCCAACUGUCGGAGCGUUACCACGGUCACCACAGCGGUUAAAGUAUUAAUGUUCCACAGCUCUGGGGGGGGUGUGGAAUGUCGUCAAACAUUGAUAACUGAAGGUUUCUGUUCCAUUCCAGACCGAAUGUUUAGAUCUUUUGUUUUUGUAGCUUAUUUUCUGACGUCAGUUGGCUCGCACACAACAAAUGUCGUAAGUCCUGUGGUGAUUGCAAAUCCCUCGUACGUUGCCUUAUUGCUCUGCAACGUAGACAUGAACUGCACAGAUUUCUCUGCGACGCACGUUAGUUGUGUCGUCAUUAUGAUAAUGCUUCUGGUGAUGCAGCGCGUCGACGUAUCCAGAUUAAGCAUCACCAAGGAAAAGAUUAAUUAAAAUUAGUUUUCCUUAUACAUUGCGAAAAUGCACGCAUUCCAGUUCCUGUUUCCUGCUAACUUAAAUGCAGAAAAACUAGAAAAAUCCAGAAAAACACAACAAAAAUAAGAUUGACCGACGAGCAUCCAAAACAAGCCUGGUUCAUUCAGGUUUCUGAAGCAGAACUAACGACACACGAUCUGAUGUCAGACGUUAUCAAUGUCAGCUCUUUAGUAAAUCAAUCAGGAAAUGUGACCACUGGAUACAAAUAAAUGUUAAGACUCUUGUACAGUUUUCCCGUACUUCCAUGGCAGUAAAGGGUCCUCCACCUCGUCAUCCGCCUUACUCUGGUGCGUCGGCGCCGGAACGUCCGUCUGCUUCUGGGUGUUUUUACAAAAGGAGAAAUAAAUGUGUCACCGGCCUCGUGUUCAGUGGAAUGCUUUCCAGAAACGACCACCACCACAAGAUAACGACUAAAUCUGUACUAUACUGUUGAUUCAACUGUUGGAUUUACUUUUUCAAACGGUAUAAUAAAUAAGUUAAUGGAU